AGAAUCUUUUCCCUCGAAUAAUUCAUACGAGAAUAUUUGAAAUUUAUUUUUGCACGAAUGUAUGCAACGUAACCUCGUUCUACUGAUCGAAUAGUUUUGUGACAGAAAUGUUUGUGAAUGUGUUGAAAUGGAAUAUUAUCAUCUAUAUCCUUUAUUUGCACAUUUCAUUGGUAUUGAGUUCACCAGCUUCUUCAGAUAUGAAACAAAUCAGCACUCCGGAUGCUCAAAAAAUUGAGGAGCAAAAAAAGUUAGAUGCGGUGCGUAGAAUGGAGGAAAAAAGAAAGUUUGAAGAAGCACGGAAAGAGGAAGAAAAAGAAAGAUCCGAAGAAUUCAUUAGGAUCGAAAGGAUGAGAAUUUCCGGGGAGCUACGAAAAGCUUGCUCUGAAAGAGGAAACGCAGUGUUGCCAGCCACCAGAGUGAAUACAACGAUGAGGUUGAUUCAACUCAGGGAGCUCAUGAACAAGUCAACAGUGAUGGGGGAAGAUUCUAUUGAUGGGUAUAUUAUCACAUCCGAUGAUGAGCAUCAGACUGAAUUUGUGUCUGAAUACGAUAGGAGAAGGGAAUAUAUAACAGGCUUCAGUGGAAGCCACGGAACUGCCAUAGUAACACACACUAAGGCAGCGUUAUGGACUGAUGGCAGAUACCAUUUGGAAGCAGAUGACCAAAUGAGUUGCGAUUGGUUACUCAUGAGAUCUGGUCAGAGAGAUAUUUCAACUAUGUCGGAAUGGUUGAAGAAUGAAUUUCCAAAAGGAGCUAGGAUUGGCGUCGAUCCGAAGCUUGUCUCGGAGCAUAUGUGGCAAACUUUCAUGGACGAUUUCAAGAAUUCUUCCAUUGUAUUAGUGCCUAUUAAACUCAAUCUCAUAGAUAUCAUCUGGUCUGAGGGAAGGGCACCUAGGAGAAAUAAAAGUGUUUUCGUUCAUCACGAAAAAUAUGCAGGAAAAUCAUGGAAAUCAAAAGUUGCAGAUCUAAGAAAUGAAACUAGAAAGCUAGGAGCUGACGCAAUGAUUGUAACAGCACUUGAUGAAAUUGCAUGGUUACUGAACAUAAGAGGUAGAGAUGUACCUUACUCCCCAUUUGUCAGGAGCUAUGUUCUAGUAGAUAUGGUCAAAGUUAUUUUGUACAUUAAUAAAACACAACUUCUGAAACACGAUGUGAUUGAGUACUUUAUGAACACUGAAGGAGUAAGUGAGCAUUCUUUUGAAAUUAAAGGCUACACGGACAUAUGGACAGAUCUGCCGACACAAACACAAGCCUAUGAUCGUGUUCUGAUUCCAACUUUAUGCGAAAUGUCUUUAGGAGCAAGUCACGCCAUUUAUUCCUUGAUACCCCCUUAUAAACAAUUACCAAAACAUUCACCCAUAAUUUAUAUGAAGGCAGUGAAAAACCCCACCGAAAUUGAAGGCAUGAGAAAUGCUCACAUAAGAGAUGCUGCUGCUAUGUGCGAAUUCUUUGCAUACUUGGAAGAGAGGUUCAAAGAAAAAGAUGUGUUCACGGAAUUAGAUUUGGUGAAGACACUUGACGAUUUCCGAUUUGCCCAAGAGAUGAGUAUAGGAAAUAGUUUCAGAACAAUUGUUGCUUUCGGUUCUAAUGCUGCAUAUCCAAGAUAUGAACCCAGAAAUAUCACGAAUAAGAUUAUAUUUGAUAAUGGUACCCUGAUAUUGGACUCUGGUGGUCAGUACUUAGAUGGAACUACUGACGUGACCAGAACGAUCCAUUUAGGGAUUCCAACGAAAGCCCAAAAGCGAGCAUACACUAAAGUGUUAAUAGGACAUAUUCAGAUGUCAACACUGACGUUUCCCGAGAAUCUACAUGCCUCUUCAGUUGAUGUGUUGGCAAGGGCACCUUUAUGGGAAGUAGGAUUAGAUUAUCAGCAUCCUACCAGUCAUGGAGUGGGUUCUUUUCUGGGUGUCCAUGAAUCUCCUAUUAAAGUCGAAUUUAAAGCUUAUGGAAAUCAGACUUUCAAACCAGGAUAUUUUCUUUCGUUAGAACCAGGAUACUACAGUGAAGGGGAGUUUGGUGUACGAUUAGAAAAUGUUGUAGAAGUUGUUGAGAGAAAAUGGCUACCACCAGUAAAUGGAUAUAGGUUUUUAGGAUUCAAGGACCGAACUUUGGUACCUUACAAUUCCAAACUCUUAGAUAUGGAAUUAUUAUCAUCAUUUCAAAGGAGAUGGUUAAACAAAUAUAAUAAGAAAAUAAGAACUCUUGUAGGACUAGAGCUGAAAAAGCAAAUGUUAGAGAAAGGAUUCCGAUGGUUGAUGGAUAAUACAGCCUACAUUCCUGAAAAUAGAGCCAAUAAUAUUUUACAUUUUAUACCAGCCUUAUAUGCAUUGCCUGUAUUAAUAACUUUUAGGGUAGAUUUUUUAUUCCUAGUGUAGUAAAAUAAAAAAUAAUUAAACAUAAAAAUGGAUA